GUUUUAUAUAAAGCCGCCAACCCUGAACCCAAAAUUCCUCAUCUCCUUCGAGCUCCAUCACGUAACCAUCUAUCUCCAUUCCCCGUUUAAUAACCAUCUAUCUCCUUCGAGCUUCCCUCUCCUUACUUCUCUGUACUGCAUCUACUUGAAGCUUGAAUAGCUUAGAGGAUCAAGGGCUGGGUCUGUGCAGAGCUCCAGUGACAGCCAUUGUUGGAAGAAAGGUGCUAUCUUUAUUGGAAAAGCGUUAAGAGAAAGAGGAUCCAGGGAUGAAAUACGUCUUAGUUACCGGAGGAGUUGUGAGCGGCCUCGGAAAAGGGGUCACUGCCAGCAGUAUUGGCCUCAUCCUUAAGGCUUGCGGACUUCGUGUUACUUCCAUUAAAAUUGAUCCUUACUUGAAUACUGAUGCUGGAACUAUGUCUCCCUUUGAGCACGGAGAAGUAUUUGUCUUGGAUGAUGGUGGCGAGGUGGACCUAGAUCUAGGGAACUAUGAGCGUUUCCUAGAUAUUAAGUUGACACGUGACAACAAUAUAACCACUGGGAAAAUUUACCAGUCUGUUAUUGAUAAGGAGAGAAGAGGAGAUUAUUUGGGAACUACUGUUCAGGUCGUUCCUCACAUUACGGAUGCCAUUCAAGAAUGGAUUGAACGUGUAGCAGCCAUUCCUGUUGAUGGUAAAGAGGGCCCAGCUGAUGUUUGUGUAAUAGAAUUAGGGGGAACCAUAGGGGAUAUUGAAUCAAUGCCCUUCAUUGAGGCUUUAGGACAAUUCUCAUAUCGUGUUGGUGCUGGGAACUUUUGUUUGAUUCAUGUCAGUCUAGUGCCAGUGCUAAAUGUGGUUGGUGAGCAGAAAACAAAACCAACUCAACACAGUGUUAGAGGAUUGAGAAGCCAGGGAUUAACACCAAAUAUUUUAGCAUGCCGGAGCACAAAGGAACUUGAUGAGAGUGUGAAGGAGAAGCUUUCCCGAUUUUGCCAUGUUCCGGGUGAAAACAUUAUUAAUCUGUAUGAUGUCUCGAACAUCUGGCAUAUUCCAUUGCUUCUAAGAGACCAGAAGGCACAUGAGGCAAUGUUGAAAGUACUAAACCUUAAAGGUGUAACUAAGGAGCCUGACUUGAAGGACUGGACAUCUAGGUCUAAACUCUGUGACACACUACACCAACCAGUCAGGGUUGCUAUGGUUGGAAAAUACACUGGCUUGUCUGAUUCUUAUCUCUCUGUUAUCAAGGCUCUUUUGCAUGCUUCUGUUGCCUGCCACAGGAAACUUUUUAUAGAUUGGGUCCCAGCUGGAGAUCUUGAACAGGUGACCAAAAAAGAGAAUCCUGAUAAUUAUAUGAAUGCCUGGAAGUUACUGAAGGGAGCAGAUGCGGUACUUGUUCCAGGGGGAUUUGGUGACAGAGGUGUGGAGGGAAAAAUACUUGCCGCUAAGUAUGCUCGAGAAAAUAGGAUUCCCUACCUUGGAAUAUGUCUAGGAAUGCAGAUCGCAGUGAUUGAGUUUGCUCGAUCUGUUCUUGGCUUCAAAGACGCAAACAGUACAGAAUUCGACCCCAGUACAAACAAUCCAUAUGUCAUCUUCAUGCCAGAGGGUUCAAAAACUCACAUGGGAGGAACUAUGCGUUUAGGAUCUAGGAGGACGUUUUUUCAGGUGGAAGACUGCAAAUCUAGCAAAUUGUAUGGAAACUUGAAAUUUAUUGAUGAGAGACAUCGUCACAGAUAUGAGGUAAACCCUGAAAUGGUAGAACAGCUUCAAACAGCCGGACUAUGUUUUACAGGCAAAGAUGAAAGUGGUCAACGCAUGGAGAUUGUAGAGCUGCUUGAACAUCCAUAUUUUGUUGGUGUUCAAUUUCAUCCUGAGUUCAAAUCAAGACCUGGAAAACCUUCACCUCUCUUUCUAGGACUCAUAGCUGCAGCAUGUGGACAACUAGAAGCUCAUCUAAAGAGGGAUGUUUCAAAUGGGCAUAUAAGCAACAACGGGAACUUGCCUAUAAAGCGAGCUGUAAAUGGAGCAAAGGUGCCACCAAAUGGAUCAUUUGAAGGAAUAUAUUGCUGCUGCAAUGGUAAAGGAAUACGUGCCUGACUAUUUGCUUCGGUUUUCCCCUUCACUGGUUCAUUGCCAGUUUCUCCACCUCUUAGAUCCCCUUUCCCUAGUCUAUCUAUCCGUAAUUUUGUAAUCGAUAAGGGCAUAUGUUAUGACUAGUAGAUUGAUAGGUUUGCAGCUUGUGGUUUUAACCCCCAGUCAUAGAGUGGGCAGAGUUGGAUUCCAGUCUCUUUUAGAUUAAACAUGGAACAACCUGCUGCAGGAGAAAAGACUAGAGGGGAUUUUAUGUUUCAUUUCUUGUAUACUUUGUGUGUGUAGGUGAAUGGAAGUGUUCUCUUGUGUUGUGUACUUAUGGAAAAAAAGUGGAAACAUGAAACAACUAUUGAUAAAAGAGCUCAAAUCAUUUAGGCUAUUGACAUAUAUUUCUUUAGUCUCAGUGAUUUAAGUCACAUACACCAUGCAGUUACAUUA